AUGGCACAAAACCGGCACUGGGAACAGGACAAAGACGCAACAAUCUACAUAGGCAACAUCGACGAACGCGCCACCUCCACCACAAUCUACGAAAUCAUGCUCCAAAUGGGCCCCAUCCACAACAUCCACAUGCCGCGCGACCGCGUCACCCAGAACCACCAAGGCUUCGGGUUCGUCGAGUUCCGGACCCCCUCCGACGCCGAAUACGCCGCCAACGUGAUGAACGGCAUCAAACUGUUCGGCAAGUCCCUCCGCGUGAACAAGGCCUCGGCCGACAAGCAAAAGGGCGCAGACAUCGGCGCGGAGCUCUUCGUCGGCAACCUCGACCCCAUGGCCGACGAGAAGCUGCUGUACGACACGUUUUCCCGCUUCGGCCCGCUGCUCAGCCUGCCCAAGGUGGCGCGCGACGACAGCGGAAACAGCAAGGGCUUCGGGUUCGUCAGUUUCGGCGACUUUGAGAGCAGCGACGCGGCGGUCGCGAAUUUGGACGGGCAGUACCUGCUCAGCAAGGAUAUUAGCGUGCAGUACGCAUUCAAGAAGGACGGCAAGGGGGAGAGGCACGGCGACGAGGCGGAGAGGGAGCUGGCUAAGCAGGCUAAGAAGAGGAAUAUCGUGCCCGAGGCGCAGGCCCUGCCGGCUUUUAUGCAGCAGUCUUCGCAGAUGCAGACGCAGACGCCGCAGGCGCAGACGCAAACGCAGAGCCAACCUGCGAUGCCGGCGGGUUUUGAUCCGUCCAUGAUUCCUCCGCCAGCAGGAUUGGGAGGCCACCCGAUUCCCCAGAUGGCGCAUCAUCAUCAUGCGCCGCCGCAGCAGCAGCAGCAGCCGCCCCAGCCAACCUUUCACCGCAAUCCGCCGUAUAAUACAAACGCUCCUCCUCAGCCUCGACCCUCCGUUCCGCUACCUCCUCCGCCUACGGGGCUGCCUGCCCGUCCGCCACAGAGCCAAAACUACACUAAUCCCGCUGACUUUCACCCCGGUGCGUUUCGACCACCCUCGGGUUCGCCAAAUCCUCAGGGCUUUCCCGUCGCGCCGCCUCCAGGAUUCCCUGCCGCACCGCCCGGAGCCCCUGGACAGCAAGGGCCGCCGGGUGCGGCACCACCUGGGUUUAUGCCACCGCCUGGCUUCCAGCCUCCUCCGGGCUUUGGGCGUCGUUAG